CAAAACAGCUCCUGGGCUCAGAACGUUCAGCUCUUUCCCACCAGUAGCCACCACAGUGGGGCAUAGCAGGAGCUCCCAUAGCAGCAAACCAGCCUGAAGUGAAUUGAUUUGCAAGGAUUAGGUGAGACCCCUGCUCCGAUGGGUUUUAGCGGAGUAAAUCUUGGGAUUAUGAUGUCAGGCAGUCCGCCGUGGUGGAAGGAGAGGAAAUUGAAUUGCUGGUGCAGCCUCGGUGGCCGGGAUUACGGCAUGACCAGUGCGUAGAGAUGGCGGGACUCAACAGUCUUUGUGGCCAGACGUCCUAGGUUGGGAUAAGCCAAUGAUGCUCAGCAGCCUCGGACAGUAGGAUCCCCGAACAUGGAGAGUCGGCAUAUUAUCUGAUUUGUAGAAGCAACUCAAGAGGGAAUAUACAUGGUUUUAAUGUGCCCAGUCCAGCAGCUGCCAUAGAAAGCCUUACCAAGAGCAGCAGGAUGAAGGUGAAGUGGACUCAUCUGGGUCUGGUCUUCUUCCUAAUGCUGUCCAUCAUCAUGACCGGCUGCUUUCUCUGGCAGUAUCACCUACCAAAGCUAAUGCCAGAUGAAGCUUCGGGGAAAAACUCCAGAUCCGAGAAGAUGUGUCCUCGUUUUCCUGAGCCCACUCCACUGGAGCAUCCCAUCCCUUACCUGAAGGAGGCGCUGGAGAAAGUGGACGCUUUACUCCGGCAGAGUGUCAACCCCAUCGGCCUCCCUGCGAUGUCUGCCAUCGUUAUUUACAACGACACUGUGCUGUGGACGGGAAACUUCGGCAAGAGGAACGGGAGCGACCCCAAUUCAGCGCCUCCAAACGAGUACACCAUCUACAGGAUUGCUAGCCUGUCCAAGAUUUUCCCCACUCUGAUGCUCUAUCGUCUGUGGGAGGAUGGUAAAGUGGCCUCGUUGGAUGAUCCGUUGGAGAAAUAUGUGGAGAAUUUCACCAUCAAAAACCCGCUGGGCAAGAGCAAAGACUCGGAGUUGAAGUAUGUAACCGAUGGCCUGAUCUUUCUGGACAGUGGUGAGGUCCAGAUCCGCUCGUCCUCCGUCACUCUGCGGAGAAUGGCCAGCCAGCUCUCCGGUUUGCCUAGACGACUUCGGGCCACCAACCUGCUGUGGAAAGGCAAGACUCAAGCUGCGAUCAGUCUUCUACAGGAUGAUGUGCUGGUUGCGGAUCCAGGAACCAAAUGUCACUACAGCAACUUGGCUUUCUCCUUGUUGGCUCAUGUCCUGGCGGAGAGAGUGGCGCGAGUGAGCUACCAGCGCUGGAUUUCCGACAACAUCCUGGACCGGCUGGGGAUGGAGGACACUGGCUUCGACAUCACCCCCAGCGUUCAGGGUCAGAUGGCCGUCGGCGUUUACGUCAGCGGACAGCCCGCACCACUUUACGACCUUGGCUGGUAUCGCCCCUCGGGGCAGAUGUACUCCACGGCAGCUGACCUGGCCAAGCUGGCCAUGACACUUCUGGGAGCUUAUCACCGGAAGCUUCUGGAGCCAGACACGCUGAAGAUAAUGCUAACUCCCCUGUUCCGCUGCGAUAAGGACUAUUUUGCGAACCGCACAGGAACACCAUGGGAGGUCAACGAGCAGCUCGGCUACGAGAUGGUCCGAAAAGACGGCGACCUGGACGGCUAUUCUGCCACUUUCUCCUUGGUUCCUCGCCUCAAGCUCGGCUUGGUCGUCUUAAUGGCUGGAAGCAGGCCUCAAAACCAGGACAUAGUGGCCAAGGCGUAUUCGUACAUCAUUCCGGCCAUGGAGAGAGCCUUCCGAGAUGCCAAACGGGUUCUCGUUCCUCCACCAAAUCCUGCACCAUAUGUGGGCUUCUACACGUACGGCAACAUCACCUUCUAUGAGAUCAAAGCAGGGCCAGGUGGAGUCCUCAUCAUGCAGCAGUUUGGCCCUCAAAUCGAAGACCUUAUUCCUGAGAGAUAUCGGACCAUAAAGCUGAACUACCUGGUGGAUCGAGUCUUCAGGGUUGUGUUCGAGAAAGAGUAUCCCUGUGUCUUACACGUAGGCUCCGCCUCUGUCUCCUUAGAAGCCCAGGAUGGGCAGCUGUUCAAUUUCUAUGUGUUUGAUAAAAGAGGGAUUUCGCCUGGUUUUGACGCCCCAGGUCUGAACACUUACAACGUGGUCCGAAUAGCUCGAAGGCCCACGUUUUCUAACUGAGGUCUCAUAAAGUGGACAAUGUGCAGCAAACGAGCUGAAAAGAACUGAAAAACUACAACUACACCGCACAACGUUUCCUGGCAAGUGAAAGAACCUUAAAUAUAAGCCAUGUAGUCGACAUUUCCCAUUAUGGGAAUGUUAUAAGAAUAUUCCAAGAUUAUCAAACCUAUUUCUAGACAUUUGUACUU